AUGGCUGAUUCGGACGAGGACUACAUCGGAGAGGUUUCCGAAGACGAGGAGGACAACAAUGUUUUUCGACACGAUCGUGGAGAUCCCGCUGGGGCCUCGCGCGCAAAGAAGAGGAAACAACGCGGAGGCGCCGAGUGGGAGGUCUCCAGGACAUGGGAGACGCUAGUCGAGGGCGCCGAUGGGACCAUCAGCUCCACGGUCGAAGGACUUCUCGAAGCCGGGAAAAGGAAGAGGCUCCUAAGGGACACGACGCCACUCCAACGCGGUAUCAUUCGACAUCUCAUUCUGAUCCUCGACUUGUCUCUGUCAAUGGCAGAAAAGGAUCUGCGCCCGACGCGGUACCUUCUGACCUUGCGAUAUGCACAAGAGUUCGUCCGCGAGUUCUUCGAACAGAACCCCAUCUCGCAAUUGGGCGUGCUCGGGUUACGGGACGGACUCGCCGUGCGGAUCAGUGACAUGAGCGGAAAUCCUACCGAGCACAUCAGCGCCAUCCAAGCGUUGCGAGACCAGGAUCCCAAAGGCCUCCCGAGUUUGCAGAAUGGCUUGGAAAUGGCCCGCGGUGCGCUCUUGUAUGUCCUCACGCUCAACCACAGAGAAUAUCCAUGUUGA